UUCCUAAAUGUGUGUUUGUGUGUGUAGUGUGUCACUGUAGGGUGUGAUCUGUGCAAACGCUUGUUUGCAAACGUGUCUUUCUCCAUCCCGAGCAAAAGCCAACCAUUCGCCCUGAAAAUGUCUCGCGUAUUGCGUAUCGUGUCAGUGUGAUAGUGAACCAGUGUUCUGAAGGCGCAGUUUUGUCGGGGGGAGGUUUGUCGGCGUAAUAAAAGUUCGGCCGUUAUUUGUGCAAAAUUUGGCCCAACAUCUUCCAACCUUCGCCCGCACGAAAAAAAAGGCAAAGAGUGAAGCUAGCGCUGCGCAACAAAAGGAAGAAAGGUGUGGUGUGUUUAAAGUUUUGUCGCUUUUUGCGUGUUUUAUCGCGUAUCGUGUUUCAGGCGUGAAAAGUGUACAACCAAAAGCAAAAGAGUGUCUGUGUGUAUGCUGAUCCUACCCCGGCGGUUGGAUUAUGCACCGUGGGAUAAUGAAGAAACAAAUUUAACGGUUCCACUAGCAGGCUGGCGAACCGACCGACACCAUCGACCGCAGCCCGGGACGCAAUGCUGGGCAAGCUGAAAAUGGCGGACAAGCAGAAGUACUCGGCACAGGAGACGAUACAGGCAAAGCUGCUUUUCUUCCCCGAGGGUACGCGCGGCAACGGUGACAAGCUGCUGCCAUUCAAGAAGGGAUGCUUCCACGUCGCCGUCGAAUCGCAAGCCUUCAUUCAACCGGUGGUCAUUUCGAAGUACCAUUUUUUGAAAUCCAAAGCGAAGAUCUUCAACCGAGGGAAAAAUAUCAUCAAAAUUCUACCGGAAGUGUCCUGCGCGGGCCUUUCCAAGGACGACAUUCCAGCGCUGAUGGAGCGGGUACAGAAGAUGAUGCAGCGGGAGUACGAACAGCUGUCGGAGGAGUCCCUUUCGAUAAACAAUAUUAGUAAGGUGCAUUAGACUCAGCGAUUGGCGGUGGGCCUCCUCAGGCUCUGAACACGUGCAAUACAAAACAAUUGACCUGGGCAAUUAAUGUUUUUGGGGGUUAGGAAAAGAAAUCAAAAGCAGAAAAGACAGAGAGGAAUGCUGCCACCAAGUGCUUUUUUCCAGGUAUGGGAUGAAGUAGACAGGUUCACCAAUAUCAUCAUCAUCGCCUUAUCGCUAACGUAUAGACAGUAUAAAACAAACCUCCUCAUUGAACAGAGAGCUUAGUAGUGGCGAUUAGCGUUCGGUUUUUAAAUUUACCGGGAUGUGUGAAUUUAAGUUAUGUCUCUUCCAAAGUCCAUCAUUUUUUACCUUCCAACACACACACCUUCAGUUAUUGAAGAUUGAAAAAAUAUGGCUAGCCAGUGUAGCAAGCACAAACGAAAGGAGAUGUGAACGAAUCGCGCAGCGUUUAUUUUCCUAACUUCCUCCGAGACUCUAUAUUGUUCCUGUAGUUUAAGGGCACAGUGAAAACGAGAUGGGAAGGAAGAUCCAGAUUAUGGUGUUUCGGUGCGGGUUUAAAGUUGUUUCAAGUCCAAGGAAGCUAUCAAUCAAUCACGCGGUGGAGGAGGACUGUGAAGCAAUAUAUCGGGAAAGAGUGGCAGUGGCUUGUAAAUAGCGUACAAAGUACAGUAGUUUUAGAAUUUUAUUCAAGAGAGCAAACUAGGGUUUAGGAUGAGGAAGGGUCGGGUAAGAUGUCACUAGGUUGACACCAAACAAAGCAAAACAAAACGGGAAGAAACAAACGAGUAAGUGUACGUCGUACUAUGGGGACGGUGACAGCGGCGUCACUCUUUUGCCGUACGCUCAAUGUGAUACAUACAUUAAAACGAAGCAAAAGCUCCAACAAAGAA